AUGCAGUGCAACACUUGUAACGAAAUCGGACACCUUGAAUCAAACCACGAUAAAAUUAUUGAAAUCAGAGAAAAAAGAAAAAGAAUUAAGCAAUCUAAGAAAGUCAAGAAAGGUUCAAGAAAUUUAAAUUUAAUCGAUCAAAAAUACUUAGUCUCUGAUAAUAAAUAUGAAAACAACUUAAAAACACGCAAGAUCUCAACAAUUAAGCCACCCAAAAAAAACAUUCAUCCUCCUGUUAAAACUCAGAAUAAUGAACCAGUUAAUGCCUACAACUAUGAUAUCAAGACAUAUAUUCCUCUAAAGAAGAGCAUCAUAAAGCCGAUAGAAAUCAUAGGAAGAACUAUUCUAAAAGAAAAUCACAAAAAUACAAUCAAAAAAAUUUUUAUAAUUAAAAAGACUCCAGCAAUAAGGAAAAAUGAACCAGAUAGAGAAGAUGUAAAUUGAAAGCUUAUUAAGGAAUCUUCGCAAUCCUAUAAUGAAACUGCUUCCAAAUCUCCAAAACUUUCUCCAUCAUCAGAAAUAAAUUCAUCCACUUUGAUGACAGAUUUUCCUGAAAUAAACGUUUCUAAAAUCGAAAACCCAUUCUUACAUAAAAAAGAAAAGAAAGAAAAACUGACAGUUGAACCCUUGAUUUCAAUUUAUAACACCCAAAAUAAGAAAAAGUUUGAAAAUCCUUUCAUCAAUAAAGAUGAAAAAGAAAUUUACAAAAAUAAAAAGAUACAAAUACUAGAGAGCAGAAUGUUCCAAGAUAUGAUUAGACCUCUAUGCACAAUUCUCUUUAUUGAAGCAUCUGAUAAUUUCACAGAUCCAAAAAAAUGAUUGAAAAUAACCCAUUCUCCCUUACUUACUCCCCCCCCCCCCCUCCGUGAGCGAACAAAAAAAUUUUGUUCGCUCACGGAGGGGGUAAUUUUUUUUUUUUUAAAAAAAAUUUAUAUAUAAAUUUUAUAAAAAAUAUUUUUUUCGAAAUUUAAAAAAAUCCUAAUUUGCAAAAAUUGGGAAGCAAAUAUUAAUUUAAUUUGCAAAAUUUAUGUUUUUAAAACGCAAUUUGUUUAAAAUUAAACAGAAUUAGCUCUAGAUUUCAUUAUACUAAUUAUCACUUAUAUAUCAAAAAUUUUUUUCCAUUAAAAUUUUUUCUAUUAAAAAAAUUUUUGUUCACUCACGGAGGGUGGGUUUUUGGUCAAAAAAUGGCGAUUUUUCUAAUGGUUUUGUUCGCUCACGGAGGGGGGGGGGGGAGUUAAGAAAAAAUAAUGUCCUACCCGCUCAAGUUGAAGAGAAAUUAUAA